CGUCGAGCCCGGGGAGUCGAGCUGAGCCUAGCCGAGUGGGGUGGCAGGCAACCCCGGCCGAGGGCCUGCGAGCUCUGCGGGGCACUCCCGGCCAAGGCCUGUAGGGGGCUGCCCCGCGCAGGAAUGGCGCCCCCAGGGGCAGGCACCUUGGGGUCCAGAUUCCUACAGGGUGCCAGUGCAAGGUGGGGAUGUGUCCCGGUUCCCCCGACUCUUAGACCAAGGUUCUCAGGCUUCAGGCUCGGGAAUGAUUGGGAUGCCUGCCUGCCACGAAUACCCCUACACUCAGGAGUGCAUCUCACAGUCUUCUAUACUCUCCAGAGUGAAACUCACUGUGUGCCGAAUUUCAACUUGGAGGGACCAUGGAGCAGUAUACAACGAACAGCAAUAGUUCAACAGAGCAGAUUGUUGUACAGGCUGGACAGAUUCAGCAGCAGCAGCAGGGUGGUGUCACUGCUGUCCAGUUGCAGACUGAGGCCCAGGUGGCAUCCGCCUCAGGCCAGCAAGUCCAGACCCUCCAGGUAGUCCAGGGGCAGCCAUUAAUGGUACAGGUCAGUGGAGGCCAGUUAAUCACAUCAACUGGCCAACCCAUCAUGGUCCAGGCUGUCCCUAGUGGACAAGGUCAAACCAUCAUGCAAGUACCUGUAUCUGGAACACAGGGUUUGCAGCAGAUACAAUUGGUUCCUCCUGGACAGAUCCAGAUCCAAGGUGGGCAGGCUGUACAGGUACAGGGCCAGCAGGGCCAAACCCAGCAGAUCAUCAUCCAGCAGCCCCAGACCGCUGUCACAGCAGGUCAGACUCAGACACAGCAACAGAUUGCUGUCCAGGGGCAGCAGGUAGCACAGACUGCUGAAGGGCAGACCAUCGUCUAUCAGCCAGUUAAUGCGGAUGGCACCAUUCUCCAGCAAGUUACAGUCCCUGUUUCAGGCAUGAUCACCAUCCCAGCAGCCAGUUUGGCAGGAGCACAGAUUGUUCAGACAGGAGCCAACACCAAUACAACCAGCAGUGGACAAGGGACUGUCACUGUGACUCUACCAGUGGCAGGCAAUGUGGUCAAUUCAGGAGGGAUGGUCAUGAUGGUGCCUGGUGCUGGCUCUGUUCCUGCUAUCCAAAGGAUCCCUCUACCUGGAGCAGAGAUGCUUGAAGAAGAGCCUCUCUAUGUGAAUGCCAAACAGUACCAUCGCAUACUUAAGAGGAGGCAAGCCCGGGCCAAACUAGAGGCAGAAGGGAAAAUUCCAAAGGAAAGAAGGAAAUACCUGCAUGAGUCUCGGCACCGUCAUGCAAUGGCACGGAAGCGUGGUGAAGGUGGGCGAUUUUUCUCUCCAAAGGAAAAAGAUAGUCCUCAUAUGCAGGAUCCAAACCAAGCAGAUGAAGAAGCCAUGACACAGAUUAUCCGAGUGUCCUAACCCCAGGCUAUGUGAUGGGCCUGAUCAAGGUCAUGUUCUUCGCCAUUGUUCCAGGAAAUUGAUCAGUUCUUCCAAUGGGACACUGAUGAUCACAUUCUGCCCUUUUUAUGGGACAGAAACCCACUUAGUUUUUAAUAAGUGGUUCAGUAUUAUAAUUGCAGCAAUGUCUGGCAAAUUGAAGUGGCAAGCCUUUCUCACCCCUUCAGUCAGGACCUGUUUUAGACUGUUGAUGACAUUGACAUUUCACGGAUUAGGAUGAUGCAAGGGACUCAUGCCAGCCCAGCAGUACCACACACAGCACUUAAGUUGACUGGUGAAGCCAGCCAACUAUCUCAGCAGAGGAGAAUAACCUCAAGCUAAACUGAAUUCAGGGAAGGUGGAGCCCACUUCUUCCCAUGGAAUCUAAACACCAUCCAUCCCUCUGGUGAGAGAUCUCAGGCUAAGUAAAUGGAUACUUUGUAUUCAGAGAUGACUUCCAGGUGAGGAAGUUCCAUCUCAUAAUAUGGAAAUAAUAAAUUCUCUGAGAUACAUUCA